UUUCCUUCUCUCUCUCUCUGUCCAUUCCCCGUCCUUCUGCUCCUGUGGGUCAGUCAAUGAGCGUUUCACCGAGCCGGACAGAAAGACAGACAGAGAGACACUUCUGGACCAACCGAGAGAGAGAAAGUCAUCGCAGCUCUGCAGCCAGGUGUCUGAUAAACGUCCUCAAGUGAUGUCACCUGAGUCGGCGUCGGUUGGGGCUGAAGACUGCAAGUUUGAAAAUGAAAAAAAUCUGUUGGUGUGGAGACCUCUGCAGCCCACUCCUCAUCCCCGCUGCAGGCUAGAGGCUCCAGGCUACAUUAGCCGCUACUAGCAUAACACACCUGAAUCUGUACAGUCGAGCUGCAUUGUGGGGGUUCCCCGGAGUACAAAGCAGAGGCGGGAGGAAAAACGGCCAUCAACUGCCAUCACCUCUGUAGCGUCUGAUUGAAACAAAGCGACAGCAGCUGAUAGAGAUCUCUUUUUUCCUGCAAUUCAAGUACUAAUCUGUUCAUCUUUUAAAACACUCUCUUGGAAACAAUCGACCAAACAAACUGCUUCAAUCAGCUCAGAUUUCCUGAGCAGACUGCGAGUCCAGCAUCUUUCCCUUCCCUCUUUUUCCUAAACAAGUGGAGGAAGAUUUUUUGUCCUGGUUUGACCCCAGCGAUGUUUCCCUUCAUCCCCUCCCUCCUUCUCGUCCUCCUCCUGGCUGCUCCGGCCCUCCUGACCCCAUCAGCCUCCCAGGAGUUACAGGUCAGCGGUCAAAGGACACCACGGGACACCAAGCAGGACUCCAUCAAGGUGGUGAUCUCCGAGGGCUGCGCCACUCAGGGAGCUUCCUCUGAUGUCGGCCAGGGAGAUAAAGAACUCAACCUGACUCCCGGUUCUCCUCUGGUCCUGACCCAUAAGAUCAAACUUGUUCCGUCGGGUUCAGGUUCAGGAUCUUGUGGUUGUGAGGCGGACUUCGGCGCCCUGCGGGAGCGUCUGGAGAGGCUGGAGAGGGAGGUGUCGACCCUCAGGGAGAAAUGUGGAGGACCUGAGGGAGGCUGCUGCACCUCCAAGGAGAGCAAAGGUGCAGGGUGCUCCAUCACACCUGAGAUCGACGAGUGUCCCAACGAGUGCAGCGAUCAGGGUCGAUGCGUGGAUGGCAAGUGUGUCUGCUUCCCUGGUUUUAGUGGACCGGACUGCAGUGGGUCCAACUGUCCCGGAAACUGCAACAACAACGGAAGGUGUGUGAACGGACAGUGUUUAUGCGAUCCCAGUUUCAGCGGCCCCGACUGCUCACAGAGAAGCUGCCCCGACAACUGCAACCACCGGGGCAGGUGUGUGAACGGCAGGUGUGUGUGCGACAGCGGCUUCACAGGUCCCAGGUGCUCGGACAAAUCCUGUCCUGGAAACUGCAACAACAGGGGGCGCUGCGUCAACGGACAGUGUGUGUGCAAUCCUGGAUUCACCGGGCCGGACUGCUCAAAGAAGGCUUGCCCUAACAACUGCAAUGAUCGUGGCAGGUGUGUAAACGGGAAAUGUGUGUGCGACAGCGGCUUCGCUGGUGCGGACUGCUCGGAGAAUUCAUGCCCAGAAAACUGCAACAACAGGGGGCGCUGCGUCAACGGACAGUGUGUCUGUAGUCCUGGAUUCACCGGGCCAGACUGUUCCCAAAGGGCCUGUCCUGAUGACUGCAACAACCGUGGCAGGUGCGCAAACGGGAAAUGUGUGUGUGACAGCGGCUUCGCUGGUGCGGACUGCUCGGAGAAUUCAUGCCCAGAAAACUGCAACAACAGGGGGCGCUGCGUCAACGGACAGUGUGUCUGUAGUCCUGGAUUCACCGGGCCAGACUGCUCCCAAAGGGCCUGUCCUGAUGACUGUAACAACCGUGGCAGGUGUGUAAACGGGAAAUGUGUGUGCGACAGUGGCUUCGCUGGUGCGGACUGCUCGGAGACCGCCUGUCCUGGAAACUGCAACAGCAGGGGGCACUGUAUAAACGGAGAGUGCGUUUGCGAUGAUGGAUUCAGCGGCCCGGACUGCUUGGAAAAAACGUGCCCUAAUGACUGCAGCGACCGCGGCAGGUGUGUAAACGGGAAAUGUGUGUGUGACAGCGGCUUCGCGGGUGACGACUGCUCUGAGAAGUCCUGCCCAGGAAACUGCAAGAGCAGGGGGCGCUGCGUUAAUGGACAGUGCGUUUGCAAUGAUGGGUUCACCGGUGCAGACUGCUCUGAAAGAGCUUGUCCCAACAACUGCAGCAACCACGGGACGUGCGUAAACGGGAAGUGUGCUUGCGACGUGGGCUUCGCCGGGCCGGACUGCGCCGCCAAAGGCUGUCCCAGUAACUGCAACAAUAAAGGACGGUGCGUCAAAGGGAGGUGCGUCUGCCGGCGUGGGUUCACCGGACCAGACUGCAGCCAGUGUGAGGAGGGGGUGACCGGACCCAACUGCGAUACUGUCAUGUCAGGUGUUUCUCAGUUGAGUACUCGGGACAUCACCGAGGCGUCUGUCACUCUGGUCUGGACACCACCUCCCGUCCAGUAUGAGACGUACCACAUCACCUUCACCAGCCAGAAGGAGAGUGACCAGCAGAUAACUGCGCAGGUGGAGGGCAGCCUGACCACCUUCACUCAGACGGGCCUGGCAGCCGGUCAGGAGUACACCGUCAGCAUCACCGGGGAGAUCGACGGCAGGAGGGGAGGCGAGAGCUCUGCUGAAUUCAUGACCCUCAUCUCUGGUCCCACUAACCUCCAAGUUGUCAAGACGACCUCGACGUCUGCGGUGGUCCAAUGGGAGCAGUCGCAGGGUGAGAUUGACAGGUACCGUUUGACCAUCACACCCAAUGACGGAGCAGGGAGAAGUCAAGAAAUGACCAUUCCAGCCGGCCAAGACUCCGCCCACAUCCGGCAUCUGGAGGCGGGGCGUUUGUAUGACAUUAUACUCGUGGCCGAGAAGGCCACAAGUCAGAGUGAACCAGCAACCACCAAAGUUACCCCCGGGAAGACAUUACCAAGGGUUACCAUGGCAGCUUUGACAAUGCAGGUCACACUAGCACCUGGACAAGAUGUUGGCGACAGAGACCAAGAGUUUAACCCAUCGCCUAAGGUGCAAGUCUUUGACCAACAGGGGAGGAGGGAGGAUGAGAUCGAGGCUGACUCUGUAAAAGUUGGACGCAUUGAUGGACCUAACAAAGCCUCUGUGAUUGCAAGAACUAAACCUCUGGUCAGCAGAAAGUUGGCAAUAAAUGGCACCAGGACCAAACUCGCUGAAAGGCCCACAUUGUCCAGGAAGCCAAAUGUCCCAGGCCCUUUCCGUUUCAAUGCAACCAGAGCUGUGCCUGGAGGGAGAAAGGUUGGCCCAGGCCCUUUGAAAAAGCCUCUAGUAGGGGAUAAGAAGAAGGCACCAAUGGUACCCAAGAAACCUAAACCAAGUGUCCCCACUAUCAGAGACAGGACAAUAGUUUUGACUGAGAGAGACCCACGUGUAGAGGUAUCAAGCACUGAGAGGAGGGAUGACAAAAAUCCAGCUAUAAUGUCUGGGACUGAUUCAGAUACAAACAGACAAAGUAGCUCGAAGGAACCAACUGUUGCUGAUGGCUCCAAAGAGCAACCAGAUGUUGGCAUGGCAGGCCAUGGAAACGACACUGCUUCAGUGUCUUCAGAGCCAACUGAGACUGUUCAAAGCCAAGAGAAGAAAUGUAUGAACAAAAUUAAAGUGACACACAUCAGAUUACCCCAUAAGGACAGAGGCAGCGGGUGUAGAGGGGGUGGAACAGUGCUGGUAGAAAAGACACCAGACUCACAUCAAAGUUCCUCUGAAACAGAUGAUACUCCUGAUUUAAAACCCUUGUCUGCAGAGACUGACCUCGACUAUUCACCAGAUCCUUUACAUAAACUCCUGACGGACACUUUUGACAGUUUGAAUAUCACAACAUUUUCUGUUCACCUGUCCAAACCAUCAAACCUCUCUGUUGAUUCAGAAAGAGUGAGGAAGCAGAUUUUAGGUGGACUGAAGCCAUUGUCGUCAUUCCCGUCCUGGCCAUCAUCCUCAUCAACCUCACAAUCAUCAUCACAGUCAUCAUCUUCAUCUUCGUCUUCAUCUUCUUUAGCACCACCUUCAAUAGUUUCAUCUUCAUCAACAGCAGCGCCAUCAUCAUCACUAACAUAUUUAGUUUCAUCAUCACCCUCAUCAUUACCAUCACCUUCAUCAUCAUCACCAUCACCACCAUCAUCACUACCAUCAUUAUCACCAUCAUCACCCCCUUCAAGCUCAGAUAAAUCAGGUUCAGAUGGAAGCAACGAACCAGAUGUUGAUAACAGCAAAAGUACGACUGAAGACAGAAAACUACUACCCUCAGGAAAAGGUGGCGUACCUUUUUUCCGCCGCACACCUGCAAAAUCUGGAUUUAUACGGCCACGCCCAAACUUUGGAUCAUUUCAGAACAAAACCCAUCUAAAUUUGAGAGGUCCUCACCAUUCCCCUCCUCGUUUGAACCUCAUCCCUGGAAGAGAGACAGAGACCAGACAUACAUCCACAAGUGAAUUAUUGUCUUCACCAUCUUCAUCUGCUUCAGAGGAAUCAUCCUCAGUUGAGGUAAAUGCAUCAGUGAGGGAUAUGAGUGGAAACAUAGAUGGGGCAACUACAACUGCAUCCUCUGGAGUUGAACAAAACCAGAAAAAGAUGCCAACAGAAAGAGGACGAAUCCCAAUUCGUCAUUUUCCUCUAAAGGGGGGAUACCUUCGUCGCCCACCUCCAAACUUUGGGCCUCUUCAGAACCGUACCCGUCCAAAUUUGAGGCUGCUGCCUCCCCCCUCUCAGCCUUUAAAUCCUGCAUCAGAAACAAAGAAAAAGCAGGUAUCUUCCACUGAAUUGCCAGCCACUUCAUCUCCUCCUGUUUCCAAAGAAUCCUAUCCAGCUGAAGGUACAGGGCCAAUACAAGAGGAGAAUGAAGUUGGGACGAGGAUGUCCUCAAACAGCAUGUCCUCUGAGUUCAAUCAGACCCUCAGAGGAAGUGGAGUGCCUUCCUCUCAUCGCCCAACCACCAAAGUUGGUUACUUCCGUCGCCCGCAACUGUAUGGUGGACGUUUCCAAAACAAAACCCGUACAAACCUGAGACCGUCUCAACAUCCACAUAGAGGUCCCAUGCGCAACCCAACCAGAAAGCUAAAUGGAGGCAGCAGCAUUACUGUUGGAAGUCAAAUUAGCCAAUUAGAAAAGGAUCGUAUCCCUGAAAUCCCAGAUAACCAAUCAGGAGAGCAGGAUACCCCCAUGCCUACCCAAGGAGUCCAAAUUAGAAAAUCAGGAGAACAAGACACUGCAGAGGUAAUUCCAAGUGCCCAGUUGUAUGGCCAUGACACUACUGUUAGACCACAGACUAACGAAUUAGACUGGGGGGACAGUGCUCCAACCCAAACCACCAAAUCUGGGGAAGAAGAAACUAGAGCCCCAGAUUCUAACUCUGACUCUGACAUCCUUAAAGAAAGAGUCAAUGCUGGUAAAAAUACUGCCGCUACAAGUCACGGUAGACCAACUAUCAAACAAACUUCCUCUAAUUCAAGGCCCGGAGCCCCAAGACCAGUCACACUUCCAAAGAGACAACCACCAACAAGAAGUACCCAGAUAAGACACUACAUCAGUGGGAGCCAAAGGAGAGAGGAUACAAAAACAAAUAAUACUGCAAAAAGGUUGUUUGGCCGUAAAACUGAACAGACAAGAAGUGCUGAUUCCAAACCUGUGACAGGAUCAGAUCUUCCUUCUUCUGGAGUCACAAGGGAACCUCUGGGCUAUGUGGGGGUGACAAACCAGACCUCAGAUGGAUUUACGCUCAUAUGGGACUCACCGGAAGGGAAGUACAAAAACUUUGUUGUGACAAGGAAAGAAGUUGGAAAAGAUGAAGGGCCAAAGCAGAAGGAAAGCAAGAAAGGUCAGGAAAAACAAGAAGACCCUGAUAAAGAGGGUCGUAAUGAAGAGGAGGAGGCAAAACAUCAACCAACCAAAGAAAUUGAAUCAGAAAAUGGAAGCAGUGAAGUUGAAAAUAGAGUACCUGACAGUGUCUUUACACAAAUUCCAAGGAUCCAAAGCAGCACAACAGCCAAACCUAUAAUAGGAAGUGACAAAACCUUCAAAAAAGUUCUUCCUGGUUCAGCUCGCUCCUUCCAGUUUGAGAAUCUGCCUCCUCAGACCGAGUACACCGUGACCUUGCUUGGAAAGGGUCCUGGCCUUCUGUCCAGACUGCACAAGCUUGUCAUCAGUACAGGCCCGGAGCCUCCCACCGACAUAGUCUUCAGUGAGGUGACAGAUAACUCUCUGACGGUGUCGUGGACCAAACCCAAGACUCCCAUCAGUGGUUUCAAGGUCACCUACACCCACACAAAGGAUGGUGAGCCGGUGUCAGUGUCCGUCGACUCAGACGACUCCACCCUCGAACUGUCAAAGCUCUCACCUGGUUCUUCUUACGAGGUCAGCGUCAUCUCCAUCCUCCAACUGGACGAGAGCGAUCCAAUCAAAGACUUUGUCAUGACGCUCCCUGACCCGCCUACAGACCUCCAGGCCGUAAACAUCACAGACACCAAGGCCUUGUUAUUGUGGCGUCCAGCGUUGGCCGCCAUUGAUAAAUACGCCAUCGUGUAUGGCUCUGGGACAGGUUCAGAGUUGAGGGUCAGUGUGUCUGGAAACGCAGCCGAGCAGCAGCUGAGCGGUCUGGAAGGAUCCACCACCUACACCGUCACCAUAACCAGCCAGCUGGGCAGCCUGGAGAGCUCACCGGCCACCACCACCUUUACCACCGCCGGUGGCUCUGAGAAAGAAGGGGACGGGCCACGCAAUCUCCAGGUUAGAAAUGUGACCCCUCGCACCGCCCUGUUGUCGUGGAAACCACCCUCAAAUCCCGUGGGUAGCUACAGACUGACCUAUCAGACCGAAGGUCAGGAAAUGAAGGAAGUGAUUGUGGACGCCUCGCUGACAGAGUACAACCUGAGCAGACUUCACCCUGGGUCAGAGUACACGGUGCAGCUACAGGCAGAGGGUGGAGGUCGAUACACUGCUGCCAUCUCCGCUGACUUCACCACCGGCACCCUGAGGUUCCCCUUCCCCACAGACUGCUCUCAGGAGCUGCUGAACGGCAUCAGGACGUCAGGCGAGGUGGAGGUUUUCCCUCAGGGGAAACUCGGGACGCCGAUAAUGGUUUACUGCGACAUGGAGACGGACGGAGGAGGCUGGACGGUCUUCCAGAGGAGGAAAGACGGCUCGGUGAACUUCUUCAGAGGUUGGAAGGAGUACAGUAAAGGAUUUGGGGAUCUGAGCGGAGAGUUUUGGCUGGGCCUCGACAGCCUCCACAACCUGACCGCGGCGACCAGGAUGAGUCUGCGUGUCGACCUGCGAGACAGAGACCAGGCGGUGUUCGCUAAGUACUCAACGUUCGAGGUGGCCAAGAGGAACUACAAAUUGACUGUGGGCGGAUACAGCGGCACUGCAGGUGACUCUCUCAGCUAUCACAACCACCGGAUCUUCUCCACCAAAGACCGGGACCUGACGUCGUCCAUCACCCGCUGUGCCAUGUCGUACCGAGGCGGCUGGUGGUACAAGAACUGCCACGAGGCAAACCUCAACGGCCUCUACGGCAUCAACGUCAAACACCAGGGUGUGAUCUGGACCACCUGGAAAGGGAAAGAGUUUUCCAUCCCGUUCACUGAGAUGAAGAUGAGACCAGCAGCCUUCAGUCCUCCAGCCAGAGGAUGAGAGAGAGAAAGAGGACAAUGAACUGCGCAACACAUGCAUGGACAGCAGUGUGUCAAUACAUGUGCAAACACACAUGUGAACACACACACACACACACACACACUCAUUUUAACAGGGAGCCUCGCUCUCACUUCAGAAGAGAUGAAGACGUAUUUUUUUCAUUUGUAUAGAGGUCAGUUAUCUGUAUGUUACUGUAGAUUGUACAGUUUCUUCAUUUUUAUCUUUUCCUCUUUGAAGCAGGGCUGCUCCAACUUGUUCUAUGUUUAAAGGGUCAGUUCACCCAAAUUACGAAAACAUAUUUUCCAUCGGUGCCGAUAGUUUUGGUUUCGUGAGCUGAUAUUUUGAGAUGUCCGAAACAUCUGCCAGGAUCACUUUUUACAGGUUUAAAUGUAGCUGACGUUUGCAGCACCUGGAUCAGUUUUUGUCUUCAGGUUGGUGGACCAAAACUCAGAGGGGACUUUCUGUCUGGCUUUUCAUUGUUUUUGAUGUAGAUAAAUAUCAGCCGGUGGAACGCAGACAGUUGUCAAAGAGUUAAACAUGCAGUAAAAUACAGAGUCAUCGUUACAGAGUCAUCUGUUGCUGGUCGAGCAAAAACCUCCAAAAUGUUUACUAAUCAGGAAAUAAUGAACAGCCUUGUUUUGAGCUUGAUAUAUUCCUGACUUCAUCUUUGUGGGCUUUCAUUUGUGUUAUUCAGACCUAAAAGGAAAACAUUUACAGUUUUUUACCUGACAACAGGUGCCGCUCUUAUAAAAGCAAGUUAUCCAAAAAUGUCUUUGCUAUCUCUGAUCCACCUGUCCGCCUGAAACCAAACACAGGAUGUGGUUUUGAAGCCUGUAGAAGCUCUUCAUGUCGCUGUGCAGCAACCACAUCUUAAGACUUUGAUUCAGCCUUCCUUUAAAGCUCGGCAGCGCCCCCUGCUGUUCGCUGUAAGCUAUAUCAGAUGCACUGUGGCCCUUCGGUAUAUACAGUCUAUGGGUACAACCCUGGAAACGAGCAGGUGAGUGAUGGAGAGUUUUGUUUGUACUUGUUGUGGUUCAGCUGCCGACCGUUUGUCCUUCUAUGUUGUCUUUUUGUAAAUCUCUCCGAGUUUUAUUUUCCUUUUUAUGUUGCCCCCUAAAAGAAUACGAUAAUAAAAUGAUUGAAAAUGAAA